AUGAUGACUACGUCAAUCCCACAGCCACCAGGCAUUCCCUUGUGGGGAAACAUUUUGGACGUGGAUCCAAGCAACACAUGGACGUCGUUGCAGAAGCUGUGGGAGAAGUACGGCGAGAUCUUCAAGAUAACUCAAUAUGCGAUCAGAAGCGCUUUCGCAAAUUCGUCGGUGGCCCUAUAUGAGAUCCGAUAUGCAGUGCACAAUUCUCUUUUCUCCGCAUUCGACGAUGAGGCGAGCUGGGGCGUUCAUCAUCGAAUUCUGGCCCCCUUGAUCACUCCAGCAGCUGUUGCUGAUCGUUUUAUUCAAGUGCGUGAUUGUGCAUCCGAAUUGACAGCGAAAUGGCGGGCCUUGAGCGGUGAUUCGUCGGUUUCAGCAAUUGGUCAAUUGAAUCGGCCAGACUUGGAAACGACCACUCUCUGCUUCUACGGCAGGAAGCUCAAUGGACUGACUGGACCAGAACCACCAAUGAUCAAUGCGAUGAACGGAGCCACGUCGGAGGCGAUCAAGCGACCAACUCGACCCAGACUUGUAAACUGGCUUUUCUAUCAAUCUAAAUUCGAGAAAGACACCAAAGCCAUGCGUCAAUAUGCUGCUGAAUGUCUUGACUAUCGAAAACCCAAUCCAGCUGACCGAAAAGACAUGUUGUAUUCCAUGAUGAACGACAAAGACCCCGAAACAGGUCAAGCCCUUAGCGAACAGGAGAUUAUCGACGAGAUUGUGACGACGCCCAUCGGAUCCAAAUCCAGGGUGUGUUACGAAAGCCCGCGAAGAGAUGGAUCGGUCAUCGGUGAUGGCGAGUUCACACACGAUCAUCUGGAAAGCUUGCCUUAUUGCGCCGGAAUCGUACGAGAAAGCCUACGUUUGUCUGCGGCGGCACCUGGGUUCAACAUUGAGCCCUUGCCAGACGCACAAGGACCAAUUCUGCUAGGUGGAGGCAAAUACCAUGUCCCAGCCAAGCAGACUUUGAUCAUCGUGCUGCAUGGCGUGAAUCGCGACCCAACCGUCUUCGAAAGGCCCGAAACUUUCAAGUCAGAAAGAAUGGUGGGCGAGGCGUUUGAAAAGCUGCCCGAAGGUAGCAAGAAAUGGUUUGGAAAUGGCAGACGCGAUGGCUGGUUCAACCUGAGACCUGUUGAUUUCUACAUCAAAGUCAAGCCAAGGGCCAAGUAA